GGGUUGCAAGGUCUACAACAUGCAUGAUAUCAGGACUGAAGCUCAUAAUGUCCUUGAAAACAACUUUUUGAGCGGCAGAAGUUAACAGCGUGUUGCUAUUCUGAUCUGUUCUUAUUAAUUUUACGACAUUCAAACCCAGAUAAUCUAAUCUAAAACAUAAAUUGUACCAUGUCAAAACAACAUCACUCAGCCGCGGUUCCGGCGCGCCCCUCCCGUCUUUUGCGCAAGCCGACCCAGGGAGGCCUCGGUCCGUAUCCAUGGCAACUGCAGGGCGCCGCUCACAUGAAGAGCGUCCUCGGCAUGCUUUCUCAACAACGGCAGUUAGCGUGGGAGCUCACAGCUGCACAGAAACGGAACUCAUUUGGAUCAUGUCAGGAGAGGAGAAUUUUCCCCUUUUUUCAUGCUCCAGACCGGUUAGGUAAUGAACAUGUACCAAUUAAAGGCAAUCCCAACCGUGGACCUGGAAUGUAUAACCAUGCAGAGAAGAACACUAUCCUAUAUCAUCUUUCUCACAGACCAGAGAGCACUAAAGGUUAUUCCUUAGGAGCAAGAACAUCCCCACGUUUUGGACUGAGCACUAAGCAGGUGGCUCCUGAUCCUACAGUGUACCAAGCACUGUGGGUCAAAGAUCACAAGCACAAGCCUGCAUAUGCUCCAUUUCAAAGCUACACACCACGAUUUUCAGAGCAACAUCUGGACAAAGAGUUUUUCCCAGGACCAGGAACAUAUGACCCAGAGAAAAUGCCACACAGACAUGUUACUUGGCCGGGAAUGUUUGGGUCUCCAGACUGGUCUCUAGUUCCAAAGCCAGUAAAACGAACUUUCAAAACUGAGUUGCUUUCAGACAAAGAAUUCAGGAAGAAUCGGAACUUAAUGGCCUACCUGAGCAUAUACUACAAUGAUUAAUUCUGGUUGGAGGCUUUCAUCUCCUGUAUACUUAAAUGCUUUUGUUGUUGUUAGAGAGUAUUGAGACAUUUCUUACUUCUUUUCUUAGACCAGUUCAGUAACUAGGCUGCUUCAUAAACAGCUGUUAUGCUAUCCUUUUAAAUGCCUCUUACCUUCCCAGUUUUAUUGUUUGGUUCAAUCUUCCUGACUGUUUUUAUACAAUACACUUAAAAUUGUGAAACAGGAAAGAUGGAUACAAAAUUACAGGUCUUGUCUAGUGUACUGUCAUUCCAGCCAUUCCAUCUUACUGUGUGAACCAGUCCUCCAAUUUAUAAUCAGUUGUCUAAGGAAACACUUAAAAGAAGUUCAGAUCCACAUUAAUUCAUUUUCAACUGUGUGCUGGUCUUGAAAUACCUUGCAAGCAUUUUUUGGUUUGGCUGAGGUAAUUAUGCCCAUAAAAGCUGUGCCAGAAUUUUUACUGGAACAGCACAGCCUAGUGAAACAGCAGGACCUAGACUCUUACAUUACUGAUUUGCAACAUAGAGAAGCACCCUGCAUUUUCUAUCUUUGGAUGAAGCUGGGGGCAGAACUACAUUGCAUAUGUGCUUCCAUCAUGUUCAGAUGUUGCAAUUGUCUUUUCUUUUAUCUGGCCCAACAGCUGUGGCACUAACUUGUAGUAGAACAACUGAAAGGAGACCUAAUUAAUUAUGUCUCUUCAUACUGAAAACAACUCCUCUCUCCCUCUCACGCAUGAAUACACAAUCCAUUUUUACAUCCUCUGGAGAAAAUAUAUGGGCUUGUUUCAGACCUAACAAGAUACCAUCGGCUGAAGUCCUGCUGAACAGUUAGACAAACAGCUUAACUUUUGGAAGCAAAUUGAUGUAAGUUAAGAAGUCUCCAUAGACAUUAUCUUUUGCAUGCUAAGUCACACAACUCAUUGUGCCACAGAUAACAUCUACAGACAUUUCUUAACUUACAGCAACUUGUCUCUAAAAGUUAUGCUAUUUGCAUAACUGUGCAACAGGAUAUCAGUCACAGUUUUCUUUUAUACACCAUAGAUUCCCAAUAUGAGAACCAGUUUCCUCAUUUUCCUUAUGUACCUGUAAAAAUGAUUUUCUGUUAUGUCUGAGCUCAAUCACAGAUACUGUUUUUGGGAUCCAGAUUUGCCUUUUUUCAGAUAUAUGAUGACCAAUUGCAGAUCAUCCGUACAAUCUAGUCUUUGUAUUGUCAUGCAACCUGGGAUGAAAUAUACAGAGUAUAGAAAACAUUUUGAUAGACUGAUUGUUUGCACUGGUACAUAGCCUAGAACUAAAUGACUCUAAUCUGCCAUCCAUCUACUGCAGUUUUUACAUUCUCUGUGGGACUGAAAUAUUUCUGUGCACUCUGCCAUAUACUGUAGAAGGCUGUUACCAUUUCUUUUAAGUACUCUUCUUGAUCUCUCCAGUUAAUUUUCAUCUGGUUAUUUAGAAGUAUUUGUAACUCUAGUGCCGAUAAAUGACAGGAGAUAAUCCUCUAUAUUUCCUACCUUGAACAAUCUAGUGAAUUUGAACUUGAUUGGUUUUAGAACCACUUGCAAAAUAUGUUUUAUCAGUUAACAAAGAAAACCCUAAAAACCCAAAUACAUCCAAGAUGUAUGUGUGAGGCCUAUGUCACUCUAUAAUUCCACCAACUUCCUCAUGCAUGCUAUGGUUGGAAAUUUACCAGAUAGCCAAAUACCUUUGUGUUAUUGCAUUGAAAUAAUAAAGUAUUGAUAUUAAUU